UUCAUAAAUCUAUGUUAUUAAAUGUUUCAUAUAAACAAAUUUAAAAAUCAUUUCAAAAAUUAUAAACUCGAAGAGUUUUAACUUUUGCAUCAUAAAGAAUAUACGUACUCGAAAUCGUAUCAUGCUUCUGUGUAUUGUUUAACAUGACAAACAAAUCUGUGAAGAAAAUUUGAAGUUUGAUGUGUUCUUUAUUUGUUUAUAAAGAACUAUAAAGAAAUGAAGUGAUAGUGAAAUCUCAAUUUUUUUUUUAGGUGCAUUGGAACAUAAGUAGUACUGCUCAUCUGUUCGAGUACAAGUAUCUCUAUGAUGUUUUCGUCAGGUCUUAGCUGCAAUUUGUCCUUUCCCAGUUGUCUGGGUUAUCCACAGGACAGUGAAGAAUUAAUACCAAAAAUGGCUCGUGAGCCAAUAAUUCUUAAUGUCUAUGAUAUGUAUUGGAUAAAUGAAUAUACAACACCAAUUGGAUUAGGUGUCUUUCAUUCAGGUGUUGAAAUCUAUGGAACAGAAUAUGCAUAUGGAGGCCAUUCUAAACCAAUUUCUGGAAUUUUUGAAAUUACACCAAGAGUUGCAGAGGAAUUAGGAGAGCAAUUUAGAUAUAGGCAAUCAGUACACAUUGGAUAUACAGACUUUACAGAGGAAGAUGUAACUAGGAUUGUUACCGAAUUAGGGAAAGACUUUAGAGGUGACCGUUACCAUUUAAUGAAUAAGAAUUGUAAUCACUUUAGUAGCCAACUUACACUUAUUUUAUGUGGCCAAGAAAUACCUGGUUGGGUAAACCGUCUCGCAUAUUUUAGUUCUUGUGUACCAUUUCUUCAACGUUGCCUACCGAAGGAAUGGCUAACACCCGAUGCACUUCAACAUUCUUUAAGCCAAGUCAGCCAUGAAAGUACGCCUUCUGAAAGAGUUACACCUUUUAGAAAAUUUAUGCAACACACGAGGGAAGUUUAUCAUGACAGUAAAUUUAUCGCCAGGAUCGCGGAAUCCAAGAAACAAAACCGUCGAAACGAGGUACAAAUUUGAUAUUGUACUCUGAAUUCCACUGGUGAUUAGUAAUAGAAAAGGAAUGCCUUUCUUGCAACAUGUCGUCUCCUAAACAUUGGACGGCACUUACAACGUCGCGUGUGUUCUUUGUUGUAUUAUAUGGUUGAAAUUUAAUAGAUAUACAAUUGAUAGAUAAUUAUGUAUAAAUCAGAACUGUAAAGAGACUGGGACGUAUUUAGUUAUUGGUAUUCUUUUCUUUUUUCAAGAAGUUCUUCGUAACUAAGGUUUUAUACAUGCAAUACCUUUUAUUUCACAUUACUUUUGCAAAUUUAUAGAUAUUAAUUAUACAUUAUUCAUUUAAUCAUUACUUUAGAAAUAUUCUGUGAUGCGUUUCUAAAUAUUCAGUAAUCUAGUACUUUUGAUUACAAUAGAAUAUUAUCAUUACAUAUACAUGCGACACCUCUUUGUACAGCUGCCAUUAAUAUUGUUAGGAAAUUCAAACGAGGAAUGAAUUUAAUAUUGACAUUCAUACGUAAUAAAUAACCAAGUUAUAUAUAACUUAUUUUUUAUGUAUGGUUUAAUGAAAAUAUGUUCUGUCGAAAUAGUUUUAUAAAAAAAAAACAUAUUUAUAAUUUUAUAAUUAAGCUAAUCCAAAUCAAUGAUCUUGUACAAUAGGUAUAUUGACUUCUAUGAGAGUAUUCUUAAUUUUGCACGAUACAAAAUUAAUUGCAAGAAUAUUAUUAUUUCCGAAGUUCUUUUCAAGCUGUAAACCAAUGAGUGAAUUAGUGAGAUUGCUAAAAUUGUUAUUGACAUUAAAUUUAUAAUGUUACAUAUUAAAGAAAACUGACAAAGCAAUUUGAAUAUGAUAUAAAUACGUGAAAAGAAAUGAUAUUGAUUGUUUUAUAUUUGUAUAAUAUAACGCAAAACUCGAGUAAAAAUUAUAGUGCCAAUUUGAUUUUUAUUAAUUCAGUCUUUAGGAAUACUAUUAAGAAGUUGUGUUACAUACAAUUCAGAUUGAUGUUACCAAUCAUAUGUAUGUUAUAUUUAAUAUUAACACGUAACCAUUCUUCAUUGAAUGAGUUGUAGCUAAAUUUAAGAUAUAUAUGAUAAUUACAAUAUUUUAUCUAAAAUAUUUUGUCUUACAUAUAAAAAAAAUUGUAACAUUAAAAAUGUUAAGUACAUGAUAUGUUAUAUAGUACACUGAACAAAAUUUCUUAUCAUUAUAUUUGCAAAAAUGGCAUAAAAAAUAAGUAGUCAUUACUAGUAUCUUAUAGAUCAAAGCAUGUUUUGUAUUUCUCACUGACACUUAUAUUGAUACAAUGUUAUAAAAUGAAUUACUUUCGUGAUAUUUAGAUCAGUAUAGCAUAAUAAAAUAACGAAAUAUACAAAGCACAAUAUACAAUAUAAGUACAAAAGCUUGUAUAAUUAUCGAAGUAAUCUUUUUUAUAAUGAUAUUUAGUUUUUUGUUUCAGUAAGGUUUUUCUUCUUACUGUCGUUUCUUUUUUUUAAAUAAUAAACAUUCAAAUAAGUAUCCUUUGGUCUUCUUAAUUGUAAUAUCUAUAAACUUAAGUGUACUGUAUACACAAAAUUUAAUAGUUUUCCAUUUAAAUUGUUUAACAUAAUUUAUUUAAACUUUAAUCAUUAGUACAAAAUAUUUGUAAUUAAUAAGCAUGUUAUACUUACAUAUAAAAUCAAGAAAUGUA